AUGGCCUCGGCUGCCUGCGUUUCUGCGGUUCAUCUCGUCGCGGCGGUUGGACUGGGCGGCAUCUUCUUCGUGGGAGGACAGCCGGGCGGACUCCCUGCGAUCUCGUUCUCCACCAGCACCCGAGGUCUCAGACCUCCACUAGCCUCUGAAAUCGACCUCGACCUCUGUACGUUGAGCUCCAACCUUCGACCCGACCUCAAGAUCCCGUUCAAGUUCUCCAACCUUCAGCUGCCUCCCAAGACUGCAAGGAAUGUGGAGUUAGCCUUGACCGGGCUGAUAGCGGGAAGCACAGAGGCAGCACAGGCAACUCGCCUUACAACAUGUCCUCUUCAAACAGGUGCUGGAGACAUGCAGUGCAGUGGUCGAUACCGGAGCUCCCGUCCCCACCAAUGGCUUCAGGCCACCACAAGAAGAGGCGCCUGGGCUCUUAUGGUUGAAUUUGACAGCAGCGCCAUCGUACGGGAUAUCAGCUCCCCUGACAGUUCUCUCCGGCAUUACUUUUUGUGGACUAGCUGGCUAUCGCAAGGAGACGAAAGAUAUAAAUCCUGAGGAAAACUAUGUGAUUUUAGCCAUUACACAGAUGGAGGCAGGAGCUAGCAGGCAAGACGCUGACAUGAUGGUGUUGGCCAGUUCUGUUCUUUCCCGCGGUAGCUCAGCUAUGUGAGUAAUAAGUGGUUAUCGAUGGGAAGUAAAUUGUAAUUAGUGGAUCUGAAAGCCCUCUCAUUUGGGACGCCAGAAUA